AGCAGCCAUGGCGUGCAACACCCAUGGCUUUGCAACAGGGCUCCUGCAACAAGUGCAACAAGAGGGCCGUGCUGUGUGCUCUGACCGGUCUUUCAUUGCUGGGAACAUGGUACCCCAUCCGCUUCCGAACACCUCUGGAGCCGCGGACAACCCCAGAGAUAGCGGACAAACCAUCUGUCACCACCACAGAACUGUUUGCAGAGCUUGAGAAGGUUGACCCAGUCGCAGAGGAGAAAUUUUCAAUCACAGUGGACGAUGGAAACGAUGGAAGUGAUGUGAGCACUACCAGACGGCCCAUGGAGUCUACGGAGGCUGCGACUUUGGUGGAUGACUUGGAAGUGCAGAACCACAUCUACCAGCACGAGCUGGCGCGCGGCAAUCGCAGCUGCCCCUACUUUGCGGAGGACCAGGCGCUGUUGAUCAGCGGUUGGAAUCUGUCUCGCUAUCCCUGGCACAUUGUGAAAUAUCGCUCUGAUCGCAGAUCGCCAAUCAAAGGGGAAGUCUUGUAUGGAACGGCUUUUGCGCAGAAAACCAUUUGGGAACAUCAGCAUCCAGCAGACUGCAGCAAAACUAAGUAUAUGGCAUUCUACCAUACACCUGCUGGCAUUGGCUCGCAACUUCAUUUGCUCGGGCAAGCUUUGGCUUUGGCCAUGCACUUGGGGCGCAUCCUGAUAAUUCCAAACAAGGACUCGCAGCGUCACUUCGAGGACCCCACGUUUUGCCCCGGCGAAGCCGGUUGGCACUGUUGGUUUCAGCACAUCACGUGGUGCAAACCCAAAGGCGACGUGCUGAAGAUCUAUGGCUUUCCAGAGCAUGGUGGUUUCAAGGGGAAGGACGUGCCUGAAGUCUUUCACCCGCUGCUGAAGUGUUCUCCGGUGAAACCUCGAUUUUGGUUCUACUGGUGGCGUGCUCAAUCCAUCGCUUACCUCAUUCGCUUCAAUGAGAAAACCCGAAGUGCACUGGAUCAACUUAGAUCUGAGACGUUGUUUCAAUGCAAGGAACAUGUGAAAGCGAAGGUUUUGGAGCCUGGAACGGUCUCGGCACACGUCCGUCAUGGCUUUAAGCUUUGGGAGGACUAUGUCGAGCAGAUGGAUGCGCUAGCUGCCGGAAAUCAGAAGCUCCGAGUCCUUUACAAAGAAGUGGCGGAAAGCAACACCAGUUUCAGCUUUCCCCUCGAAGCCUAUGCGAGGAGAGCGGUCUUCCUAUCCACGGAGGAUCCGCUGGUGGUGGUGGAGGCAUUGAAACUCUGUGCUGCAAAGGAUCCUUGGAAAGUGAUCUACACCAAAGCAGACCGGAACAACAAGGAUUCCUGGAUGCAUGUGGAAAAACGGGGAGCUGCACGAAGAGAAGUGAUGCUAGCAAUGAUGAACUUGGAAUUGGCACUGGAGGCAGACGCCUGGGUUUGCACCUUGACAUCCAACUGGUGUCGCUUGAUCGAUGAACUGCGGAUGACCAUUGCCUUGAAGGCUUCGCAUCCAUACCUCAGCUUGUCCAAAGUGGUCAAGACCUGUAAGUCGCGCUUGGGACUUCCGAAGCCCGAAUGUUACCUGGACUACUGACGUCCGAUCUGGCGCUGGAAAAA